AUGGAUCCUCAGACAGGAAAGAUGAUCGAAGGCACUGUUCAGGACAGAACCAAACAAAUCCUGCAGAACCUCGCUAGUGUUCUGGAGGCUGCAGGCUCGGAUAUGUCAAGGGUGAUCAAGGUCAACAUCUUUCUUACCGACAUGGGCGAUUUCGGGGCCAUGAAUGAAGUUUAUGACACAUUCUUCACCGCCCCAAAGCCUGCUCGUACCUGCGUUGCAGUCAAGUCACUUCCUUUGGGAACAGAUGUCGAAAUUGAGUGUAUUGCAAGCACUGAUUCUCCCAAGCUCUGA